AUGGCCCCGCGCCGCCCCGCGCUGCCCCUCGCCCUCCUCGGGCUCGCCAUCGCCAGCGUCCGGCUCGCCACCGCCGCCUCCCCCUCCCCAGGAGAACCCGUGGAUGUGCUGAAGAUCCUCCAGCUCCACUCCCUGCCCGAAGGCGUCAAGAAGGUGCCGGGAUUCUGCUCCCAACGCGGCGCCGGCUCCGACGCGGCCUAUCGGAUCACGCGGCAGGCGCAGCUCAGCGCGCCCACCCGGCAGCUCUUCGCCGGUAAAUUCCCGGAGGAUUUCUCCAUCAUGACCUUGGUGAAAGCCAAACCGGGCGUGCAGGCCUUCCUCCUCUCCAUCUACAACCAAGAUGGCAUCCAGCAGUUGGGCCUGGAACUAGGCCGCUCGCCCCUCUUCCUCUACGAGGACCAACACGGCCGCCCCCCCCCCGAGGAUUAUCCCCUUUUCCGGGGGGUCGAUUUGGCCGACGGCAAGUGGCACCGGGUGGCCCUGAGCGUCAGCGGGCGGGCGGCGACGCUGCUGGUGGACUGCGGGCGGCGGGAGACGAGGGCCCUUCCCCGCAGCGCCCGGCCCCUCCUCGACACCCGCGGCAUCACCCUCUUCGGCACCCGCAUCCUGGACGAGGAGGUUUUCCAGGGCGACAUCCAGCAGCUGCUCGUCGUGGGUGACCCCCAAGCGGCGUUCGAUUACUGCGAGCACUACGCGCCCCGCUGCGCCGGGGGGGACGACGGCGGCGGCGGCCCCCCCCAGGCGCAGGAGCCCCCCCCCCGGCAGCAGUACUCCGAGGAGGCUGUGGAGUACUACGAGUACCCCUACUACUACACUCAUAGCGAGGACGGGCCCCCCCCGGGGGGGGACCCCGAAAAGGGCCCCCCCAGGGCCCCGAAAAACCCCGGCGUGAUGAACACGGCACCCGCCGACGGCAAAACCCCCCCCGGGAAAAGCAAAGCCUUCGGGAACGGGGGUUAUCCCCAAAUCAGCAAAAUGGGGGGGGACGUGGGGGUGUCCCCCCCCCGGAACGGGGCCCGGAGUCAAGGGAACAGCUACCAGCAGGAUGGGGGGCUGCCCCCCCCCGAGGAGCCCUGGGGGGCCACAACGUCCCCAGAUUACGCCCCGGGACCCCCCCGGGACCCCGAUGGUGCCUCUUGGGAGGAGAUGGGGCCGGCGCAGGAGGAGGAGGAGGAUGGGGGGCCCGGCCGGGCGUAUGAGUACGUCUAUAGGGAGCACCCCGAGGAGUUGGGUGCCGCGCGCGGCGUCAGGGGCUACAAGGGCGAGAAGGGCGAACCCGCCGUCCUCGAACCGGGCAUGUUGGUGGAGGGCCCCCCCGGUCCCGAGGGACCUGCGGGCAUGUCGGGACCCCCAGGGACGCAGGGACCCCCCGGAGCCCCAGGAGAACCCGGCGAGAGGGGCCCCCCCGGCCGCGCUGGCCUCCCCGGCUCUGACGGGACCCCCGGCCCCCCCGGUACCUCCAUGAUGCUGCCGUUCCGGUUCGGGAGCAGCGGGGGUGACAAGGGACCCGUGGUGGCAGCGCAGGAGGCGCAGGCUCAGGCCAUUCUCCAGCAAGCCCGGCUGGCCCUGAGGGGCCCCCCCGGACCCAUGGGAUACACCGGCCGCCCUGGACCCAUGGGGCAGCCCGGCAGCACCGGCAUGAAGGGGGAGUCGGGAGACUUCGGCCCCCAGGGUCCCCGAGGGCCUCAAGGCCUCACCGGCCCCCCAGGAAAACCUGGCCGGAGGGGCCGACCGGGGGCUGACGGCGCCCGGGGGAUGCCCGGUGAUCCCGGCAUUAAGGGUGACCGCGGCUUCGACGGGCUACCAGGGCUACCAGGUGACAAAGGCCACCGGGGUGAAACCGGCUCCCAGGGGAUGCCGGGCCCCCCCGGCGAGGACGGCGAGAGGGGUGACGACGGAGAGGUGGGACCCCGAGGACUCCCCGGAGAAGCGGGACCCAGAGGUCUGCUCGGCCCCAAAGGCCCCCCCGGAAUUCCCGGCCCCCCGGGCGUGCGUGGCAUGGACGGUCCCGUGGGUCCCAAGGGGAACCUGGGGCCGCAAGGGGAGCCCGGCCCCCCCGGGCAGCAGGGGACCCCAGGAACCCAGGGUCUCCCAGGACCACAAGGUGCCACAGGACCCCCUGGAGAGAAGGGUCCCCAAGGAAAACCCGGUUUGCCUGGAAUGCCCGGCUCCGAUGGCCCCCCCGGUCACCCCGGGAAGGAAGGACCCCCCGGCACUAAGGGCAACCAGGGCCCCUCGGGUCCCCAGGGCCCCAUCGGCUACCCAGGCCCACGCGGUAUCAAGGGAGUGGACGGCAUCCGGGGGCUGAAGGGACACAAGGGUGAGAAGGGCGAGGAAGGCUUCCCCGGCUUCAAGGGGGACAUGGGCGUCAAAGGAGACCGGGGCGAAGUCGGCGUGCCGGGCUCCCGGGGCGAGGACGGACCCGAAGGUCCCAAGGGGCGGACGGGACCCACCGGUGACCCCGGUCCCAUGGGGCUGGUGGGAGAGAAGGGCAAACUGGGAGUGCCAGGCCUGCCCGGCUACCCGGGACGGCAGGGUCCCAAGGGAUCGCAGGGUUUUCCCGGAUUCCCCGGCACCAACGGCGAGAAGGGCGCGCGGGGUCUGUCUGGCAAAUCGGGGCCCAGGGGGGAGCGCGGCCCCACGGGUCCCAGGGGCCAGCGGGGACCACGAGGAGCCACCGGCAAGUCAGGGGCGAAGGGCACCUCUGGCAGCGACGGCCCCCACGGCCCCCCAGGAGAGCGGGGCCUGCCGGGACCGCAGGGACCCAACGGCUUCCCAGGACCCAAAGGACCCCCCGGCCCCCCCGGCAAAGACGGGCUCCCCGGGCACCCCGGGCAGCGAGGAGAAGUCGGUUUCCAAGGCAAGACCGGCCCCCCCGGCCCCCCCGGGGUGGUAGGACCUCAGGGAGCCGCUGGCGAGUCUGGCCCCAUGGGGGAGAGAGGCCACCCGGGCCCCCCCGGCCCCCCAGGAGAACAAGGGCUACCGGGACCCUCCGGCAAAGAGGGCACCAAGGGAGAUCCCGGCCCCACCGGCUCCCCCGGGAAGGACGGUCCCGCCGGUUUACGGGGUUUCCCCGGUGAGCGGGGUCUGCCCGGCACCCCGGGCGGCCCAGGGCUGAAGGGCAACGAGGGACCGGCGGGACCCCCAGGACCCGCAGGCUCCCCCGGGGAGAGAGGUGGCCCGGGGCAAGGUGGUCCCGUUGGCCCCCCAGGACGACCGGGACCCCAGGGACAACCGGGCCCCGCCGGAGAGAAAGGAGUUCCCGGUGAGAAGGGUCCCAUGGGUCCCGCUGGCCGCGAUGGCGUUCAGGGUCCCGUGGGGUUGCCCGGGCCGGCCGGCCCCCCCGGCGGUCCUGGGGAGGACGGUGACAAGGGCGAGGUGGGCGAGCCGGGACAGAAAGGCACCAAAGGCAACAAGGGCGAGCACGGUCCUCCCGGUCCCCGACCCAUCGGGUCGGUCGGGCAACCCGGAGCCGCCGGUGCCGACGGGGAACCGGGUGCCAGAGGUCCCCAGGGACACUUCGGGGCCAAGGGCGACGAGGGGACGCGGGGCUUCAACGGCCCCCCCGGCCCCAUUGGGCUCCAGGGUUUGCCGGGUCCGGCCGGUGAGAAGGGUGAAACGGGUGACGUGGGCCCCAUGGGCCCACCCGGCCCCCCAGGCCCCCGUGGCCCAGCUGGACCCUCCGGAGCUGAUGGACCCCAGGGACCCCCCGGCGGUGUUGGAAACCUGGGACCUCCUGGCGAGAAGGGGGACCCCGGUGAGUCGGGGGCCCCGGGAAUCCAAGGGGAGCCAGGAGUCAAGGGCCCGCGAGGAGAGCGAGGGGAGAAGGGAGAAGCCGGAGCCGCCGGUGCUGCCGGGCCACCGGGAGGGAAAGGGCCCCCCGGCGACGACGGGCCCAAGGGCAACCCCGGUCCCGUCGGCUUUCCUGGAGAUCCCGGACCCCCAGGUGAAAUGGGUCCCAGGGGCCAGGAUGGUGCCAAGGGCGAGCGUGGGGAGGACGGUGAGCCCGGGGAGCCGGGUUCACCGGGUCCAACGGGCGAGAACGGUCCUCCCGGUCCCCUGGGGAAGAGGGGUCCAGCCGGCUCCCCCGGCCCCGAGGGGCGUCAGGGCGAGAAGGGUGCGAAGGGAGAACCGGGCGCAGUGGGUGCUCCUGGCAAGACGGGUCCCGUGGGUCCCCAGGGCCUUGCCGGGAAGCAGGGUCCCGAUGGCCUCCGAGGUCUGCCCGGCUCCGUGGGAGAACAAGGCAAACCAGGGACCACAGGCCAGGCUGGGCCACCAGGACCAGUGGGUCCCCCGGGUCUCCCCGGCCUCAAAGGUGACACCGGUGCCAAAGGAGAGAAGGGCCACCCUGGUCUCAUCGGCCUGAUCGGACCCCCGGGGGAGCAGGGGGAGAAGGGAGACCGAGGUCUCCCCGGCCCCCAGGGCUCCACGGGGCAGAAAGGAGAAACUGGGAUCCCUGGUGCUACCGGACCCAUCGGCCCCACCGGCCCCCCCGGCCUUCCUGGCCCAGCUGGUCCCAAAGGUGCCAAGGGAGCCAUGGGCCAAGCAGGACCCAAAGGUGAACGGGGACCCCCGGGACCCCCUGGACACCCGGGCCCCCCCGGGGAGGUGAUCCAGCCCCUGCCGAUCCAGCUGCCCAAGAAGAGCAAGCGCUCCAUCGAUGCCAGCAAGCUGGUGGAGGAGGAGGAGGGCGAGGACAAAGAGCGAGCAGCCGCCGACCAGGCGUCUCGUGACUACGCCGACGGCAUGGAGGAGAUCUUCGGCUCCCUCAACUCCCUCAAGCAGGAGAUCGAGGGGCUGCGGCGCCCCAUGGGCACCCGGGACAACCCUGCCCGCACUUGCCAAGACCUGCAGCUCAGCCACCCCGGCCUGCCCGACGGCGAGUACUGGAUUGACCCCAACCAGGGCUGCGCCCGAGACUCUUUCAAGGUUUACUGCAACUUCACAGCAGGCGGGGAGACUUGCGUCUUUCCCAGCAAGGACGUACAGGAGGUGAAGAUGUCGGCGUGGGAGAAGGAGGUGCCCCAGCGGUGGUUCAGUCAGUUCCAGGGGGGCAGCAGGUUCUCCUACACGGACUCGGAGAGCCAGCCCCUCGGCGUGGUGCAGCUGACCUUCCUACGGCUCCUCAGCGUCUCUGCCCGCCAGAACUUCACCUACCACUGUCACCGCUCGGUGGCCUGGCACAGCGCCACCUCCGGGGACCACCGGCGUGCCCUCCGCUUCCUGGCUGCCAACGAGGAGGAGCUCAGCUACGACACCAGCCCCUACAUCAAAGCUGCGAUGGACGGCUGCGCGGCACGGAAGGGCUCCAGCCGGACGGUGCUAGAGGUGCGCACGCCCCGCUUGGAGCAGCUCCCACUGCUGGACCUCCGCGUCAUGGACUUUGGCGAGCCCGGCCAGCGGUUCGGCUUCGAGGUGGGCCCGGUCUGUUUCCUCGGCUAGGAUCAAGCCCGUCGCCCUCCCGGCCCGCACCCUGGCCCUCCAGUGGGGCAAACCUGGCCCCCGCCUGCGAGCGGCGAAGCAGCGGGACCCACCUCCCCCUCGCAUCACCGUCACCCACCCGCUGCUGCGAGGAGACGAGGUGCCAGCCCUGCCCGCACGCGCCGGGGACCCACACGCCGCCGCCGCUGCCCCCAGGGGGGCCAGGGUCUGGAGAGAUGCCAAAAGAGACUUUAAUGCUUAGAAUAAAUCUAUAUUUUAAUAUGUAGAGAGACAGAGAGGGCAAUUUUUAACGGAUCCACUGGCUACCUCCCUCGGCACCCAGCAGUGCUCCCUUCCUCCCAGUAUCCUACUGCUCUUUCCCAGCAUUCCCAGGGCUUGUUUUCCAUGCUCCCCACUGCCCCAGGGGGAACCCCUCGAGGAGCGCACCUGCCGAGCAGAGGGAAGAGUGCUCGGGUUUGCUCCCUGCCUGGAGAGACGACGGGUUUUAAAGCAACCAAGCCCGGGAUGAUGCCGGUCGAGCACCGCUGGCACGUGUGUGAGAUGAGCACUGAGAGCUCUCGUUACCUCUCUCCCCGCCUGGAUUCACACCGCCGCAACCCUCGCGUUCCAAAGCCGGUCUCCCAGGGGGUCAGGAGGGAACGGACCCUGGGAUGCAUCCGUCCCCCGCAGCGUUACCCCACAGCAACGGUCCCCGUCCACCUCCGACAGCGCACCUGGGCUGCGGCGCCUGGCCCGGCCUGACUCAUAUCGGUGGAGCGGACGCUUGAAUUCGCUAAUCAAGGCUAAUUAAUUUGGGAAAAAAAAAAAGCUUCCCUGUCCCAUCAAGGUGCUACUUCUCUUCCCCGCUAGCCCAAAGGGGUUCCAGUCCGACCUCCAGCCAGAGCAAAUAAUGGGUGUAUUUAAAAAGCCUCCAACGACAAAGCCUAUCCCUAGCCCGAGGAAGGAAGUGAGGAAGAAGGACGUUGUGUUUUUACUGUGUGGUUUUUUUUUUUUUAUUUUUUAAAUUAAUUAUAUUAUUUAAAGGAGUGGAUACAACUCCAUCGAUGCUGGUCCCCUGCGGUGUAAUUUUGGAUUUCCCCCCCAAAAAAAACCCCAAGAAGUGAAUUUCUGCAUGGAGAUUAACCCA